AAAGACAAAACUGAAAAAAAAGAGCCCAACCCCUAGCACAUCAGUGUAUAGUGCUUAAAACAGAACAGGAAACGAAGAAUUAAGAUCAAUAGCUCACCAUCUGCAGUCAGAUAGCUACAAAGUAUUAAAGGUCUAAACGAUACAGUUAGUUUAAUGAAUUGCGGACAUCUAUCUUGGGUAAAGCAGAAAAUCAGCAUACAACAGUCAUGGACUAUUUAUUACUUAAACUGUUUAUUUUCUUUGUUUCUUUUGUGGAUGCCGUGGAUACUGCUGCAUGUGCCAGUGCGAUAAAUGCAUGUGUACAAUCUCUCACGAGUUUCGUGACAAAUAUUGCCGCAGGUAGCGCAGCAUGCAAGAACAUCGACUCCUACUUCCAGUGCGUCAUUAAUCAUGGCUGUUCUAUGGAUGCAGGGAUGAAAAGAAUGCUCGUAAACAGUUUGAACAAACAAUAUGCUUCACUGAAUUGUAAUUUCUCUGUAGAAGAUGAAUUAAAAAGUUCGGACCUUACAACCUUGGGUAGUCCAGCGAUUUUUGACACAACAAAAAAUCAAGAUUAUGGCAAUUCUGCAUCAAGCAUGUCAUCAACAUAUUUUCCGUUGAUUCUAGCAUUCUCUGUCUUCGUAAAUUUCCCUUAAGAAGUUAACAAACACAGUUUAUUGAAACAAAGUUCAUUACCAAAUCCAUUAUUGAUUAAAAGAAAUUACAUUCAGUUCAUUCACAAAUUCUUUACUUUUUAAAAAUUAUCUUUAUUCAUUUUUUCUUAUAAAGUAGCGCAGUCUGCAGGAUGAAAGACUCCCCCAUUGUGACAAGAGGGACAAUAAUGAUAGCUACUUUUAUUUUCAAUAAGAGUUAGUCCCCUUUAGUACUUGAUUUAAGUCUGUGUUAACUGUAUACAAUUGCCACUCUCUCUUUGAGCUGACCAGUGUAGUUUGAACUAAAUCUUUAUAAUGUUUAACUAAAUACUUGUGUUGUUGUUUUAUUACUGUGUUACUCAAUAGGAGUGUGCUACUGUUAUGGGAAGAGUGUUUCGAUAAUGAGUUAAGUAGACUUUAUUUAUUUGUUAGUAAUAAGUUGGUUUAUGUAAAUUUUAUAUGUCUACUUCGUCUCUUAUCCUCUCCUAUAUGUUUUUUUUUUUGUAAAAGACAUCUAUCACCGCGAUGUUUUGAAACGUAAAAUAAAGGUUAAUCAAUUUUUAAUAACUUUUAGUUGUUUUUUUUAUAUCAAGAUAACGGACAGACCGACUGACAGACAAAACGCAAAAACAAUGUGGCUUUGA